ACUCUCAAGUCAUUGAUGACCCUUCAUACCCACCUUGUCUCCCACAACUUUUUUGCUUAUUUCUUCGAUGGCACUAGUGCACUACAUAAACCCAAAAUCUCUUUCAAUUUUCUUAUCCUUUCCUGCUAGAAACAUUAUUUGAGCUCUAAGUUGUCGUUGGUGUAGGAAUGGAGGGAAAUUCUGGGAUAUCAAAUGGAAGAGAAGGCGGUGAUGAGGUCUUUACCAUAACCCUCAGGCCUUUGGGUCUUUCUGACAUUGAUGAUUUCAUGGUUUGGGGCACAGAUGAGAAAGUGUCUCGUUUCUGCACUUGGGAGCCUUAUGCUAGCAAAGAAGAGGGGCUCAACUACAUCAAGGAUAAGAUCCUUCCACACCCCUGGUAUAGGGCAAUAUGUCUGGACGGCAGGCCGGUUGGUGCCAUUCUAGUGACCCCGAAUUCGGGAAAUGAUCGGUGUAGAGCUGAAAUCGGCUAUGUCUUGGGGUCCAAGUACUGGGGCAAAGGGAUAGCUACAAGGGCAGUGAAGAUGGUGGUUGAUACUAUUUUCAAGGAGUGGACACAUUUGGAGAGACUGGAAGCUUUCGUUGAUGUGGAGAAUGUGGGAUCACAGAGGGUGAUGGAGAAGGCUGGGUUUCAAAGGGAAGGCGUUUUGAGAAAGAAUUAUAUUGUGAAAGGUAGAACUAUAGACGAGGUGGUUUUUAGUAUUCUUUCCACUGAAUGUGAAAGCUGAUUUAUGUAACUGUUGGAACUCUGUUCUGGUACGCAUUUAGAUGAAUGAAGCUGAAUUGAAUCAUUGUCUUUGUGA